CCUGAUAACCUGGGCUCAGUACUAGUUACUCUAAAACACUCUGAAGUUACCACUGGCCUCCUUCUCUCAGCGGACGGUAACUCAUCUUGGGACUCAUCUUGCUGUUCAAGACAAAUGGACGUCUCUGGAUCCACUUCCUUUUCCUCUUCCCCUUCCCCUUCAUACACCUUCCCUUUUCUCACUAACCUGUCCUUUCCCUCGUCCUCUCCCUCUCUCUCCCCAUCCCCAAGCAUAGCCUCCACAGCUCUCUUCUGCUUUUUCCUAUCCCUCCUUUCUCUGCUGGGCAUUCUGGGCAACCUCUACACCCUGGGGCUUCUCAUUCGCCGCCGGAGGAUGUCAAGAAGGCGGCGUAGCGCUCCUGCCUGUUGUUACUCCUGCCUCGGCACUUCCUCUCCUUCUUUCUCUCCCUCCUCUUCUCCCACCUCGUCCUCCUCGUCUUCUUCCCUCCACCUGCAGGUUCUGAGUCUGGCCUUGGCAGACCUGGUGUACCUCUCCACCGCCCCCUUCAUCGUGUACGACAGCCUGGCAUCUGACUGGGCCUUCGGUGAACUAGGUUGUCGGCUGCUUCUCAGUCUGGACUUGCUCACCAUGCACGCAAGCAUCUUCACCCUCACUGCUAUGAGCCUGGAUCGAUAUCGAGCCGUCGCAGAUCCGUUGGCAGCCUCGUCCACGCCGUCCUCUGGACUCCUGAGAGUGGCUUUGGCCUGGGGUUUUGCCGUGGCUCUCAGUUUGCCCAUGAUGAUCACCUUGCACCUUGAAGACGGAGAGAACCAGGAGGGCAAGUUGUGCGUUCCCGCCUGGGAUGAGCAGAGUUCGAAAGCUUACCUCAGCGUGCUCUUCUGCACCAGCAUCCUUGGCCCAGGACUGGCCAUCGGAGCUUUGUAUGCAGCUUUAGGGAGACUCUAUUGGGUAUCUCAGACGCAACCAGCUUGGGUCGGGGGAAGCAAUGCCUACCCACCCCGUGCACCUCGUCCCAAAGUCCUGCUCCUCAUCCUGGGGAUUGUGCUGACUUUCUGGGCUUGCUUCCUUCCGUUCUGGAUCUGGCAACUUCUACCAUUGUACAGGCCUGAGGUUCUGCGCUUGGUGCCGGUGGGCACACAGGUGACCAUUAAUCGCAUCCUCACAGGGUUGACUUACGGGAACUCAUGUGUGAAUCCGUUCUUCUACACGCUGCUGACAGGCAAGCGCAGACGGACCAGCAGGAAGACCAUAAGUGCCCCACUUUGCCACAAGGGCAGCUCUGAACCACAAUAACAAUAAUUUUGGCCAUCACGCAGCCCAUGACCAAUAAGACUUUUGGUUCACCCUAAAUUAGUUCACCCUAAAACUAAAAUUCUGUCAUUAAUUACUUGCCCUCAUGUUGUUCCAAACCAGUAAAACCUACAUUCAUCUUCGGAACACAAAUUAAUAAUAUUUUUUUGAUGAGACCUGGGGACGAUCUGACCCUCCGUAGACAGAAACACAACUGAUGUGUUCCCAGGUCUAGAAACGUAGCAUUAGCAAAUACAUCUGUAAACUGACCAUGUGACAUUAGUGGCUCAACUUUAGUUUCCGACGCUACGAAAACAUGCAAACGCAGUGAUUUUUGCACACUGCAAAAAUACAAAAAUAAUUUACUUAACCAUUCUUCUCCACUGUGUUCCGUCCAUUUUGGAGAUUACUUAAGAACGUAUUUGACGUAAUUAACGUGGUUCACACUCGGCAGAAAGCAAGCAUAUAUAUACAUUGUGAUACUCUAUAAAAUGCAGAAG